GUGUCCCUGCUGAUGCAUAUUUAGAAUAGCACACGGGGAGUUGGUUUCGUAGCUAUGGUGACAAUUCGCGAAGCCCUUCUCUCGGUCGCGGGAGAGGAUUCCACAUCUAUUCAGACAAUUGUGGAAACUCUUGCCGGGCAAGGAUUUCACGCGCAUGAACAGGCUGGCGGCGCCUUCUGCUUGUUAGAGGCGGACAAAGUGGCAGGCCUUAACUUGCGGCAGCGGUUAGCGCUGAAGGCUGCAGUUCAAGCUGUGGCGGCUGGCCUGGGCGUGGGGAGCGCGACAGGACCUGCCACCACGGGACCGGGCGUGGAGAGCGCGGCAGGAGCCGGCUCGCUGCCGCCGGCUGCUGCUGGGGCGGAUAUGGCGGCUGUGCGCCAAGUUGCGCGUGACGCGGCUCUGGCAGUGCUGGAGGCACAGACGGCUCCCCGCAAGCCCAAGUCCUUCUCAAGCGUCGGCAACACGGAGGCGUCCCUAUUCCUGCGCGACCUGAAGCUGGUGCAGGUCGUUGGUAAUGCUGUAUUUGAGGAGGAGCUGCAGCUACCUGACGGCACACCCACCUGCAUCGGCUUUGACAUGUCUGGCUACGCAGACGAGGACGCGGCCACAGGACCGCUGCUUGCGCACCAUAAGGAGCAGCUGAGGCUCCUGGGUGUUCGGUUUGGCCGGGCGGCCUUCGACAUCUACGACGUCCACAGCCUCAAGAGUGACUCCCUGUUGAUUCAGCACGGCAACAAGGCCUUCAGGGGGAUCUUCGACGGUUGCAUAGCACCUUACGGCCUGUCGCUCACCUCUUCGUUGACGCAAUGCCGCAUCGUUUAUGAGCACAAAAUGCCGAAGGCGCUCAACGCACGUAAAGGCCAGGCGAUUGUUGAGCUGCUGGCCGCGUGCGCCUAUGGGCCGUGCCCUGUGCUGCUGGACCUGACGGACGGCAUGAAGCACAUCGUGUACACCAUACGCGGCGCGGAGCUCAUUGCGUGGACUGAGCUGACCCCAACGCAGGCGUACAACCUGCAGGCGCGGCACCUCAUGUCUGAUACCUCUCGUACUGCGCGGGGGCUGACGCUUGAGCAAAUUCCGGAGGAGGAGCAGGCGUGGAUGCGCCCAUUGCACCAGCUGCGCCCGGAGUCGGGGCUGCACGAGCAGCUCGAGUCGGUCAUUCCGUUCCUGCCGCCGGACGAGCGCAUGCCCGCGGCGCUGGAGCUCAUCCACGCGUGGGCACAGCAGGCGCAGCAGCCGGCGCCGCCGAUGCAACUCCCCGACAGCAUGUGGGCCUUCUACUCGUGAGCUGAGGCAUCACCGCGUCCGCACCGUCAAUUGCGCUCCUCUGUCCAUGGUCCGCUUCUGUUCGUCCUGCGGACCGCGGACCUGCAGCUGGUGUCAAGGAGGGGCCUCGGAGGCUGCAGUCGGCUGUGACGGCGCCAGCUGGCGCAGCUGAGCGAGGUGCCGGCGACAGUGGCAGUGCGCAACGUGGUGGAGAACGAGUAAGGGUCCAGGAGGGCCAUGUGCACGGGCUGGGGCUGGGGCUGGGGCGGCUGGGAAGGCAAUAUUUGGCAGUGAACUGGCGAGGCAAGUGUGAGGCAAGUCGUUGAAGAGGAGAGGUUGAGAAGGCACGCGGGCGGCUGGCAGCGGUUUACGGCAAGGACUACCACGUCGUAUGACCCCGAGCAGCUCGCUCCAGGACGCGGACCCGCAGCUAGCUGCUGCUGUUGCCCGAGCGAGCAGUUACUGUGCGUGGUCCAGCAUGGGCAAGUCGAGAGGGAGCGUCUGCGGCGCGAUGGUGGUAAUGAUGAUGGGGAUGGUUCCCUUGCUGGGCUGCUGAGGCCUGCAGGAAGUGCUAGUUGCGCCAAUACGUGUGGGCUGCAAGCUUUAUGCAGCAACAAGGCUCGGGGGGAUACUGGGCCGUAUGAGGGAUCAGCGGGCAGCAUUAUUGCUCCUAGGGUUGGGGUAUCUUCAUGUUGUCAUGAUAAUAGGAAACACGCUGGUGGAGAUGCUACUGGGGCACAAGCGACCUGCAUCGCUGCAGACUGGCGGCGGCGGCGGCGGCGGCAGCGGCGGCGGCGGCGGCAGCAGCAGCGGUGGCGCGUGCGCGCAUCUUGGUAGCGGAGGGGGGGGGGGAAGGCCACGUGGAGGAGGAGAGCGCAGCGCCGCCCAAGAAGCGGCGCAAGCGCGCAGGCUGACGAGCCGGCUGAUGUCUAGGUAGCG